CAUUCUUUCAUUCCAAUGCAAAAAUACUCUCCUUCGUGUCAACCAAAACCUGUGUGUGAUAGUGAGUGGUCGGUUUUAUAAUAUGGAAGUGAAUAUUAAUUAAAGUGUUUGAGGGGAACUUCUUUUAAUUUAUCUUCGUAUCAAUUGCAUGUGCUCGUCACCAGUCAAACCUAAAGCGAAAGUGCAAACGUAACAGUUCCUACUAGCUAUCUGCAUACGAUACAUCACCAAUAAAUUUUUGUAUAUCACGAUGAAUGAUAAAUCGAAAGUAAUUCGAGUUGGGUCACGUAAGAGUGAGCUUGCCCUAAUACAAACAAAACAUGUCAUUGCAUCGCUGCAAAAAUUAUACCCGAACGAGAAGUUUGAGAUUCACACCAUGACAACUAUGGGUGACCGUGUGUUGAACAUAUCAUUGCCCAAAAUCGGCGAGAAAGCAUUAUUCACCAAGGAUCUUGAAGAUGCCCUUACAAAUGGAAGUGUCGACUUUGUCGUUCAUUCGCUGAAAGAUUUACCAACCUGUUUGCCAGCUGGAAUGGCAAUCGGUGCGGUAUUGGAACGUGAAGAUCCUCGUGAUGCUUUGGUGCUAAAUCAGAAAUUCGAAGGGAAAACAUUGGAAACAUUACCGGAAGGAUCCAUCGUAGGUACAUCAUCGCUUCGACGAGGUGCUCAACUAGCUCGCUGUUAUCCCCAUCUCGUUGUCCAAGAUAUUCGCGGCAAUUUGAAUACUCGUCUCGCGAAACUAGAUGCAGAAAAUUCAAAAUUUGCUGGCAUAAUCUUGGCACAGGCUGGUCUUGUUCGCAUGGGAUGGGAUAAGCGCAUCAGCCAAACGAUCGAGCCAACUGAUAUUUUAUACGCAGUCGGUCAGGGAGCAUUAGCUGUGGAAUGUCGUUCCAAUGAUGUACGAAUUCUAUCAAUGCUGCAAAAGUUAUCAUGUCUGGAGACGCAAUGCAAAAUUUUAACGGAACGCAGUUUUCUGAAAACAUUGGGCGGUGGAUGCAGUGCACCUGUUGCUGUUCAUACAAAUUUGGAACGUCGCCGAGGAACUGAUGAUGACUACGAAUUGAACAUAACGGGAGCGGUUUGGAGUUUGGAUGGAAAAAUUGAGAUCCAGAGCAACACAAACUGUAUUCUGGAUUUGGACGACAAUGCCAACGAAAUUAUACCGAGAAAACGUAGUCGAAUUGAUAUCAGUGAAGAAACACCAUCGAAAAAGCCGACACCGAAAGCUGACAGCCCACCCAUAGUCGAUGACUCGAAAGCCACGUCGAGUACAUCAACCGGAAAAUUUGACAUUGAAGCACUCAUCCACUUGCAUGGCGAAGCAUUUCGAAAGUGUCCCUACUCGCAGACGAUAAACGAAACGAAACGAGACGAGGCUGCCAAGGUUAAAGAUUGUCCGAUGCACCUUGUUGUCGGUCAAGAUGUAAUGGGAGAGUGUCCGUAUGUUGAUACGCAACAGAAAGUUUUGUCUGUCGGCGAAAACUCGUCGACUUCUGCUGAAGGUGAUAUCGCUAAGUGUCCAUUUUUCAACAGUACAAAAGCGGAUGCGGAGGCUACAAAUGAGACGGCUGUUUUGAAAUGUCCAUUUGUAUCUGAAAGCAAAACCGGUGAAGGUGAUGUCGCACGUCCUGAAUCCGUCACCGAAGUAAUAUUGUACUGUGGAUUAUAUCGUCACGAAUGCUAUCGAUUGGAUGUGUUUGAGAAAUGUGAAGCGUUGGGUAAAAGUUUGGCGACGAGUCUAAUCGAAAACGGUGCCUUAAAAGUUAUGAGCAAAGCUCAAUUAGAAAUAAGACAAAACAUUUAGAAUUCGGUUUUUGUUUUCAUGUUCAAAGCUCAAUUUAUUUGGUGUUCUCAGGUCUUAUUGUUUACUUAGUAAAUAGAGUAGUGGUGUAUUUGGAAUAAAAGAAAGUUUUUCAUUCAAA